AAUAGGUGUCAGCACAUGUUCUCUUGCUAAUUGGAUUGAGAAGCGUCAGAAUGGAGGGAUGUAAAAUAUUUGUGGGUGGGUUAGCCUGGGAAGCUGACCAAGAUGAUGUAAAACAGUAUUUCUCCAAAUUUGGGACUGUCACUGAGGUGCGCUUAAAGUACGACUAUGAAUCCAAGAAGUCGCGAGGAUUUGGAUUUGUGACUUUUGAAGAUCCUGAGGCUUGUAAGGCGGCUCUUGCGGAGAAGAACCAUGUCCUUCAUAACAGAACAAUGAACUGUGAUGUUGCAAAGGCCCCAGAGUCCAUGCGUAAAGUUUUCCUGGGAGGUCUAAGCCCCGAUAUACCUGAAGCAGAUGUUAGAGCCUAUCUGGAGAACUAUGGACAGAUAGAAGACCUCAUCCUACCCACAGAGAGAUCAGCUGAUAGAUCAAUAGAAGACCUCAUUCUACCCACGGAGAGAUCAGCUGAUAGAUCAGUUGCAAAGAGGAAAGCAUUUGGCUUUUGUACCUUUACAUCUGAGACUGCAGCUCAGAAGAUGUUGGAAGAAGGCCACCAUAAGAUGGGAGGAGACCGAGAUGUUGAGUGUAAAAAAGUGACGCAGAAGAGAGAGCCCAUGCAGCAGGAAAGAUUUGGGGGUGGAUAUGGUAUGGGAUAUGGUGUCGGGCCAGGAUAUGGUGGUGGUGGCGGCUACGGAGGUGGCUACGGAGGUGGAUACGGUGGUGGCUACCAUGGCAACAUGCACAAUGGAGGUGGAUAUGGUAGCCCAGGUGGAUAUGGAGGGGGAGGAUACGGUGGAUACGAGGCAGGUUAUGGAGCAAGGUCUCGAGGAGGAGGCCAAAGGGGACGUGGUGGACGAGGAAGAGGUGGUGGCCGCAGCAAUGGAGGUGGUAGUGGUGGUCAGGACUACUCCAGUGACUCCUAUGGUCAGGGAAGUGGAUGGGGUGGCAACAACUGGGACCAAAACAACUACAGUGGAGGUGGUGGCGGCCGUAACAGUAGUUACAAUGGUAACUACAGCAACUACAGCUAGGGUGCCAGUGUUGUCAUGGCAACCAAUGUUGUCAGGGUGAUUUAGUCAAUUGUUUCAGUGACA